CCCAGCCUCUGGAACCUCGGAUUUAGAGGAAAGAGCCAGUUUUCAGAGGGUUUGCCUCGGAUCACACGACCUCCACCUGCCGAGCCCCGGGAGGUCUAGCGACCAUGUUUUCCUAUGGGACAGGGUUUGGAGCUGCUGGGAAAAGGAGGGUAUGUCUCCUGUCCUUGCUGCUCAUUGGCCUCUGGGGCUGCGUGACCUGUCGCAGGGGCCCUGUAGAGGACAUCUGCACAGCCAAGCCUCGGGACAUCCCUGUGAACCCCAUGUGCAUUCACCGGUCCCCAGAGAAGAAGGCCCCCGAGGAGGCGGGCUCAGGCCAGAAGGUUCCUGAGGCCACCAACCGGCGGGUCUGGGAACUGUCCAAGGCCAACUCCCGCUUCGCCACAGUCUUCUACCAGCACCUGGCGGACUCCAAGAAAGACGAUGACAACAUUUUCCUGUCGCCCCUGAGCAUCUCCACGGCUUUUGCUAUGACCAAGCUGGGGGCCUGCAAUGACACCCUCCAGCAGCUGAUGGAGGUUUUUAAGUUCGAUACCAUCUCUGAGAAGACAUCCGAUCAGAUCCAUUUUUUCUUUGCCAAACUCAACUGCCGGCUCUAUCGAAAGGCCAACAAAUCCUCCCAGUUGGUGUCAGCCAACCGCCUUUUUGGAGACAAGUCCCUUACUUUCAAUGAGACCUACCAGGACAUCAGCGAGUUGGUAUAUGGAGCCAAGCUCCAGCCCCUGGACUUCAAGGAAAAUGCAGAGAAGUCCAGAUCGACCAUCAACCAGUGGAUAUCCAAUAAGACCGAAGGGCGUAUCACUGACGUCAUUCCCCCGGGGGCUAUUGAUGAGUUCACUGUAAUGGUGCUGGUCAACACCAUUUACUUCAAGGGCCUGUGGAAGUCCAAGUUCAGCCCUGAGAACACCAGGAAGGAACCUUUCUUCAGGCCCGAUAAGGAGUCGUGCUCAGCAUCCAUGAUGUACCAGGAAGGCAGAUUCCGCUUCCGGCGGGUGGCGGAGGGCACCCAGGUGCUCGAGUUGCCCUUCAAGGGGGAUGACAUCACCAUGGUGCUCAUCCUGCCCACGCGAGAGAAGGGCCUGGCGAAGGUGGAGCAGGAGCUGUCCCCGGAGUUGCUGCAGGAGUGGCUGGACGAGCUGGUAGAGACGAUGCUGGUGGUCCACAUGCCCCGCUUCCGCAUCGAGGACAGCUUCAGUGUGAAGGAGCAGCUGCAAGACAUGGGCCUCGUGGACCUGUUCAGCCCGGACAAGUCCAAGCUCCCGGGUAUUGUGGCUGAAGGUCGGGACGACCUCUAUGUCUCGGAUGCGUUCCAUAAGGCAUUUCUCGAGGUAAACGAGGAAGGCAGUGAAGCAGCAGCUAGUACCUCCAUCGUGAUCGCUGGCCGUUCACUGAACCCCCACAGGGUGACCUUCAAGGCCAACAGGCCCUUCCUAGUUCUGAUAAGGGAAGUUGCUCUGAACACUAUUAUCUUCAUGGGCAGAGUCGCCAACCCUUGUGUUGACUAAUGUGUUCUUAUUCUUUGCACCUCUUCCUAUUUCGGUUUGUGAGUAGAGGUAAAAAUAAAUACAGUUACUCCCAUC